GGCCCGGCCGCCGCCGCGCUCCCAGUCAUUGGCCUUUUGUGCUGCAACUUUGCCCGACCCUCGGGGGGCCGCGCCGCCCCCGCGCCCGCCCCGCGCCGUUGCCCCGGGAAAGUUUGCGUCGCCGGGCCCGGCCGGGGGGUGGACUCCGCGCGCCGCCGCUCGGCUCGGGCAACUCAGACGCUCGGGGCUCUUUGGCAGUCGCGUCCCCGAAGGAAGGCGACUCCGCGCGAGCCAUCCGCGAACGCCCCGGGCCGGUCACAUGUAGCGGAUGACGUCAUCCAGCCAGCUAUCCUUGAGGACCCGGAAAACCCACUGUUAGCUGCCUCUUCACACCAUGGUGAUGCCAUCAGCCAGGUCUCCAGGGAUCUGACAGCCCAGAGCACCUCCCCAGCUGCUGCCCGUGCAGAUGUCACUCCCCGAGCCUCUGAACAUGUGUCUUUUCCUCGUGGCCCAGCUGGUGACGGAGUAGAAGCUUCUGCUCUCUCCCACCAGGGUCUGGCCAGGGACUUAAGCAGGAGUUCUGACUCUGAAGAAGCAUUUGAGACCCCCGAGUCGACGACUCCUGUCAAAGCUCCCCCUGCCCCACCCCCACCGCCCCCUGAAGUCACUCCAGAACCUGAGAUCACCGCACAGCCUCCCCUGGAAGAACCAGGUAACCAAGGCUGCGGUUCUGAGCCGGCCUCCGUCCCCGAUGGCCCACGCAGCAGCUCAGUGGAAGGGAGCCCCUUCCGUCCCCCGUCACACUCCUUCUCCGCCGUCUUCGAUGAAGACAAGCCUAUAGCCAGCAGCGGGACUUACAACUUAGACUUUGACAGCAUCGAGCUGGUGGAUGAUUUCCAGACCUUGGAGCCCCGCUGCUCGGACUCUAAGAGUCAGGAAUGCAAAGUGAACACGCGGAGGAAAUCCACGGAUUCCGUGCCCACCUCCAAGGCCACACUGUCCCGCUCUCUCAGCCUGCAAGCUAGUGACUUUGAUGGUGCUUCUUGCUCAGGCAACCCUGAGGCCGUGGCCCUGGCCCCAGAUGCGUACAGCACGGGUUCAAGCAGCGCUUCCAGUACCCUUAAGCGAACUAAAAAACCAAGGCCACCUUCCUUAAAAAAGAAGCAGACCACUAAGAAACCCACUGAAACCCCCCCAGUGAAAGAGACACAACAAGAACCAGUGGAAGAGAAUCUUGUUCCCAGUGAGGAGAACCGAGCAUUCGAGACAAAAUCGGAAUUGGCCAAGACAGAAGGUUCUGUACGAGCCCUCUUGGAGGAGACGCCCCUGGAACCCACUGCUGUGCCCAAGGCUGCCUGCCCUCUGGACUCCGAGGGUGCUGAAGGGGCCAUCCCCCCAGCUUCUGGAAGUGGCAGAGUGCAGAACUCACCUCCGGUUGGAAGGAAAGCAUUGCCUCUUGCCACGGCUCCGGAGGCGGUGGAGGUGACCCCAUCGGAGAGUGGGGGGCAGGAGGACUCCCCAGUCAAAGGGCUCUCGGUGAGGCUGGAGUUUGACUAUUCUGAGGACAAGGGUAGUUGGGACACCCAGCAGGAAAACCCCCCUCCUACCAAAAAGCUAGGCAAGAAGCCGGUUGCCAAAAUGCCCUUAAGGAGGCCAAAGAUGAAAAAAACACCCGAGAAACUGGACAACACUCCUGCCUCGCCUACCAGAUCCCCCGAUGAACCCAAUGACAUCCCUAUUGCUAAAGGUACCUACACCUUUGAUAUUGACAAGUGGGAUGACCCCAAUUUUAACCCUUUUUCUUCCACCUCAAAAAUGCAAGAGUCUCCCACACUGCCCCACCAGUCCUACAACUUUGACCCAGACGCCUGUGACGAAUCCAUUGACCCUUUUAAGACAUCCUCUAAAACCCCCAGCUCGCCUUCUAAAUCCCCAGCCUCCUUUGAGAUCCCAGCCAGUGCCAUCGAAGCCAAUGGAGUGGACGGGGAUGGGCUGAACAAGCCUGCCAAGAAGAAGAAGACGCCCCUAAAGACUGACACAUUCAGGGUGAAAAGGUCGCCAAAACGGUCUCCUCUCUCUGAUCCACCUUCUCAGGACCCCACGCCAGCGGCGACACCAGAAACACCGGUCAUCUCUGCGGUGGUCCACGCCACCGAUGAGGAGAAGCUGGCUGUCACUAACCAGAAGUGGACGUGUGUGACGGUGGAUCUGGAGGCUGACAAACAGGACUACCCGCAGCCCUCGGACCUGUCCACCUUCGUCAAUGACACCAAAUUCAACUCACCGACGGAGGAGUUGGAUUACAGAAACCCCUAUGAAAUUGAAUAUAUGGAGAAAAUCGGCUCCUCCUUACCUCAGGACGAUGACGCCCCGAAGAAGCAGGCCCUGUACCUUAUGUUUGACGCUUCUCAGGAGAGCCCGGUCAAGUCUCCCCCGGUCCGGACGUCGGAGUCCCCGACGCCGUGUUCAGGGUCAAGUUUUGAGGAAACUGAAGCCCUUGUCAAUGCUGGGGCAAAGAUCCAGCAUCCUGUCACACGAGGACUGGCUCCCAACCAAGAGCCACACUUGCAGGUGCCAGAGAAAUCCUCCCAGAAGGAGCUGGAGGUCAUGACCUUGGGCACUGCUUCAGACGCGAUUGAAAUUAGAGAGGCUGCUCACCCAACAGAUGUCUCCAUCUCCAAAACAGCCUUGUACUCCCGCAUCGGGACCUCCGAGGUGGAGAAGCCCGCAGGCCUUCUGUUCCAGCCACCUGACCUGGACUCCGCACUCCGGAUUGCCAGAGCAGAGAUCAUAACCAAGGAGAGAGAAGUCUCGGAGUGGAAGGACAAAUAUGAAGAAAGCAGGCGGGAAGUGAUGGAAAUGAGGAAAAUAGUGGCGGAGUAUGAGAAGACCAUCGCUCAGAUGAUAGAGGAUGAGCAGAGGGAGAAGUCCGUCUCCCACCAGACCGUCCAGCAGCUGGUCCUAGAGAAGGAGCAAGCUCUGGCCGACCUGAACUCGGUGGAGAAAUCUCUGGCUGAUCUCUUCAGGAGAUAUGAGAAGAUGAAGGAGGUCCUUGAGGGUUUCCGCAAGAAUGAAGAGGUGCUGAAGAAGUGUGCACAGGAGUACCUGUCCAGGGUAAAGAAAGAGGAGCAGAGGUACCAGGCCCUGAAGGUGCACGCGGAGGAGAAGCUGGACAGGGCCAACGCUGAGAUCGCGCAGGUCCGAGGGAAGGCCCAGCAGGAGCAGGCUGCCUACCAGGCCAGUCUGCGGAAGGAGCAACUUCGUGUGGACGCUUUAGAGAGGACGCUGGAGCAGAAGAAUAAAGAGAUAGAAGAACUCACCAAGAUUUGUGAUGAACUGAUUGCCAAAAUGGGGAAAAGCUAACUUUGAACCAAAUGUUUGGACUUGACCAUUGCGUGCAAUAUGACCGUCGGCUCACUGCUGUCCUUCCCGUUACAUGGACAGGUUCUGUUUUCACUUUUUCGUAUGCACUACUGUAUUUCCUUUCUAAAUAACGUUGAUUUGAUUGUAUGCAGUACUAAAGGAGACUAUCAGAAUUUCUUGCUAUUGGUUUGCAUUUUCUUAGUAUAAAUUCAUAGCAAGUUGACCUCAGAGUUCCUGUAUCAGGGAGAUUGUCUGAUUCUCUAAUAAAAGACAAAUCGCUGACCUUGGCCUUGCCAUUUGUACAUGAGUUCCCAGGGUGAGCAGCUUUUGGAUUUAAUAUGAACAUGUAUAGUUUGCACGGGGACUCUUGCCUUAAGGAGUGUAAACUUGAUCUGCAUUUGCUGAUUUGUUUUAAAAAAAAUGCAUGUUUCAAAUAAAAUUCUCUAUUGUAAAUAAAUUUUUUUCUUUGGAUCUUGGCAAUAC